GCAUUUUUGGGGAAGAGGGACAGGGCUCUAAAGAAGCAGAGGCAAUCAACUACCAACCUCCUAUUGUUGUUCUUGGACGAGACUUGGCCAAGGUUCAGAGAGCAGUUUGCAUGAUUUCAAACUCUAUGAGUGUUGUAGAGGAUUUCUCAAGAAUUGAUCACAAGUUUGAUCUAAUAUAUGCAAAGCAUGCUUUUGUACACUGGUAUGUUGGUAAGGGGAUGGAGGAAGGAGAAUUCUCUGAAGCUCGGGAGGAUCUAGCUGCUCUUGAGAAAGAUUACGAGGAGGUUGGUGCAAAGCCCGUAGAAGGGGAGGAAAAUGACAGUAAUGAAUAUUAGAUGCCAUAGGGGAUUGGGUUUAUUUUAAUCUUGAACACCAAGAGACUCAUUGGUUUGCAAUGGGGGUGUGGGUAUUGGCCAUCUAGUUUGUGUAGGGUUCUUUAGAUAACUUCCUCUUAGCUAUUUCAGAUUUGUAGUAAGUUUGAUCAUUCUAUGGAACUCUCAUUUGCUUUAGAUGAAAUUUACAACUUUUCUCUAAUUGGGUCA